AUGAGUGAAAUGAAGCCGAACGAUUCAGCUGCAACUGAAGACAGCAGAGAGGAAAAAGACUGGGCGGCGGCCAAAGCUGUUUUUGACAACCUUAAAACAAACAAACCGAGACCCCCCAAACCACAGUAUGCUGUCACUAUCGCCGUCUCCUCUCGCACCCUCUUCGACAUGGUGGCAGAGAGGAAGAUCUUUGUUGAAAAGGGAGUAGAGAGCUACGUAUCUUAUCAGGUUGAACAUGAAAGCGAGCCUCUGAAACCAGGAGCUGCUUUCCCCUUCGUCAAGGCGCUGAUGACUGUCAAUUCUCGACUGAGGAUGCUGUACCCAGACAGCGAGGAGCUUUUUGACAUCGUCUUAAUGACCAACAACCAUGCCCAAGUUGGGGUGCGCCUCAUAAACAGCAUUAAUCACUACGAUUUGACCAUAGAGAGAUUCUGUAUGACAGGAGGGAAAAGUCCUAUAGGCUACCUAAAGGCCUACAUGACAAACCUUUACCUCUCCAAGGACUCGAAGAAAGUCACAGAGGCCAUCGAGGAAGGCAUUGCUGCAGCCACAAUGUUUAUGCCGCAAACGGACACUCAGCUGAGCGACACUCAGCUGAGAGUGGCGUUUGAUGGCGACGCCGUCCUCUUCUCAGACGAGUCAGAGGUCAUUGUGAAGCAACACGGCCUGGACACUUUCUUUAAGCACGAGAAGGAGUUUGAGAACAAACCUCUCGCUCAGGGUCCAUUAAAGUGUUUCCUGGAGGCUCUGGGUAAGCUCCAGAGAAAAUUCUACGCCAAGAACGAGCGAUUGAACUGUCCUAUCCGAACCUUCCUGGUCACGGCCCGCAGUGCAGCCAGCUCCGGGGCUCGCGUCCUGAAGACUCUCCGCAGCUGGGGCCUGGAGAUCGACGAGGCUCUCUUCUUAGCUGGGGCUCCCAAAGGGCCCCUGCUGCAGAAAAUAAAACCGCACAUCUUCUUUGACGACCAGAUGUUCCACAUCGAGGGGGCCAACGAAAUGGGAACCAUAUCUGCACACGUCCCCUAUGGGAUCGGACAGAAGUACGACAAGGGGAAACUCAUUGAGCAGCCGGCAAAAAAGUAAUAACCUAAAAAUGGUUGAAAUAUUAAAUAAGCACUAUUUUGUCAGAGAUUUGCUUCAAAUAAAUAUAAUAAUAAUACUGGAUUCAGGAAAAAUGUAUCUAUCAAAAAAUAACAGCAAUCUUUUUAGUGGAUUAAAGUAAUUAAAUGGUAAUGCAGUCUAAAAAGAUUCCUAGUUUUUGGGGUUUUAUAAAAUACUGUCUACUAUUUUCUUUAGCAUGGGGUAUUAUUGAUGAGGAAGGGGAUGUAUUUUCAAAGCAAGAGUUACAGUAGGUGCCUUACACUAUUUAACUAUUUAAAAUAGAAACACCAGAUUCAUAACCUAUCGGUGCCUUUUAACCAUUCGAAGUGUUUACCUGUUUACCUUUCAGUGUAAACUCAUUUACAUAGGAGUUUAUCUAAUUUUCUUUUCACUUUUAUACAAUAAACUUGCGUUUAUCUUAUCGUGGUUUUUGGCUAUUGGUCCUUGGCAUUCUGUAUAACCAGGGUGGGAGAAUGCCUUCCUUUGUUAUUGUCUUUGCUGUUGACGCACACAAACUAUGAAAAACUCACUGCUUUAUAUUUUUCCCCAAAACCUUUGUACUCAUGUUCUGUGAGUUUAAGCUUUUACAUUAUAUCUGGAGAUCAGGCAGCCCACUGUAACUACACUUUUCUAUCAUGUUAUCAUGUUUUUAUAUAGGACUCACUAUAUAUUCUGUAUAUGUUUGCAGAUUGCUCUUGAUGUAUUUCAUAUUGCAAACAUAUGUAAAUGUAUCCUCUUCAGGCAGGUACAGUUAAUGUGCUAACUGUACACUCAUGCGUUUGUAAAUGUUCAUAUCAUGUCUGGUAAUGUUCCUCAGUGCCAGAUCAAGACAUAUUUUGCAUUGAUUGUACUCCUGUUGUGGUAGCAAUAAAAUUAUUUUUGCACCUUUUCACUUUA